AGGAACAUCUUAGGGAGAGGUGAGGUUUAGGGUGUCUAGAUAUUAAUAUUUGGGAUUUACAGGUUAGCGUGAAGAACUGGAGAGAUGUAGAGGAUUGUGGAGAUGCAGUGAUGGACCAUCGAUUUGAAAACAAAGGCGCAUUUAUUUUCAGUUGAGGCAUUACCAGACCCGGAACCAAAGUUGGUCAGUGAGUGACGCGAAAAUGGCACUUGUUCACUGGCUCCAGGUGUCGACGUAGCUCAACGAGGACUGAGAAGUAUUCAUUUAUACACGUAUUCCAGCAGGAAGAUAGUUUUUGAUUGCAUUUGCGAAUCCGAAUUGAGGUGCUCCAGGCGCCAGUGUGUACGGUUUGUGUCAGGCCCCAUCACCAUGGUGCCCGAGUCCGUCAUUCUGACCCCGUGAAGGAUGUGUUUCCGGGUGAGGAGCUGGGGUUAUUAAUCUCUCAACAUUAAAGUCAGCUGCAGUAUGGCGGGCCGCGGAGGGCAAAACCAUGAUGAUGAUUCCUAUGAACUUGUAGAUCUGUUGGAGUAUUCAGGACGACAGGAGUGGUGGGGUCGUAUUUUUGGACAGAGUUCAGGACCAGUUGCAGAGAAAUAUUCAGUUGCUACUCAAUUAAUGAUGGGUGGUGUGACUGGCUGGUGUGCAGGUUUUGUGUUUCAGAAGAUUGGCAAGCUGGCUGCUACAGCUAUUGGUGGUGGGUUCCUUUUGAUGCAGGUUGCAAAUCACAGUGGCUAUAUUAAAGUGGAUUGGAAAAGAGUUGAAAAAGAUGUGAAUAAAGCAAAACGACAAUUGAGAAAGAAAGCAAAUAAAGCUGCUCCUGAAAUCAACACCUUUAUUGAAGAGUCAGCUGAAUUUGUGAAGAAGAAUAUCGUGCUGGCCAGUGGCUUUGUUGGAGGCUUUUUAUUGGGACUGGCUUCUUAAAAGUUCCUCACAACGUACUGACACAAUGACAACCAUGAAGACAAAGCUACAGUUUGGUCCUGAAAAUCCAAAGCGGUGAAUAAAACUAGAACAUCAGUAUCAACAACCCACUAAGAGUCCCAUCAGAGUGUUCAAGGCUCCAUUUAAAUAUUAAAAGGACACAAACAAACAACUAUUUAUCAUGUACUGAUUCAUUGAAUCGAUUUAUAUUAUAACUUAUAUUGUCAAGGAAGGCUAAUUUCCUCAGUUUUACAGUUUUGUAAAGUUACUCUUGCUAUAUUCAUACUUAUGCUGUAAAUCUCUUAAUUGUAGAGCGAGACACGUAAAUGCUGUAUUUUCUGUUGUACAGACUUAUUAAACAAACUAUUUAAAAUGUAUUAAUGUACAAAGAAGUUAGUAUUGUUUAGCUGUAUUUGGGACCGAAACUCAAUCAUAUACAUUUGGGCAAUUCAUUUAGUUGAUUGAAUAUUAAUUAAAGACUAUGAAAUUUGAAGCAGAGAACAUUGAUCUUAAAUUAAAGGUAUAAUUUUGGUAAUUUA